AUGGUUAAUGAGGAUGCGGCGGCGAGGAAUUCGAAUGGUGGAUCGAAUGCGGGAGCAGUCGAACACGAAGCCCAAUACAGGGCACCGUAUCAUGCUGCUAAAUUGAUAGAGCCACGCAUUGAUGCAUUGAGGCCGUCGCAAUGGACACUAGUUCCAGCAAGCGAGAACUUGCUGCGAGAGCUUCUAAAUAUGUACUUCUUGUACGAGUAUCCGACAUUUACUUUUUUCCACAAGGACCACUUCUUAGACGACAUGGCCGCUGGUCGCGAGAACUUUUGUUCAUCGUAUCUCGUCAAUGCGAUCCUCGCCGCAGCAUGCCCGCGCACCGCACAGAGUUUUGGAACCCGCAAUCAGUUCUUAGCUGAGGCUAGAAGGAUUCGGGAACUCGAGGCUCGUGAAGAUUCGUUGACAACUAUCCAGGGUCUUCUUGUCUCAACCAUCACCUAUAACAUGAACAGCAUGGACGAGAUUGGGUUCUCAUACAUUGUUCAGGCUAUUUCGAUGGGAGACCGGAUGAAAAUAUUUAAUACCUACCCAAGUACCAUGGAUGAUAAAAGCAAGGUUUCUCGAGGACUGACAGCUUGGGGAGCCUUUCACUUCCAGGCGUAA